AUGGUUGGUUUCCUCCGCAAAAAGUCAACAAAUAAGCAGGCCCAGCCAUCACCGACUCCCUCAGGCCCGAUUUCUAUAGGCGGGCCGACACCUUUGUAUGCGAAAUUUGCUUCUGUGACGACGAAUGGAAAGAGAACGGGCUCGGAGGGAAAGCGGAAGCAAACGACGAAUUCACGAGAGGAACGAGAUUCAGCGACCUCUUUGCUGCCGAUACAACCUGUACCUUCGUCUUCUGGCGACCACGCUCCCAUACCUGCAGGCGUGUUCUCUUCGUCACCGCAGGUGUCGGCGCCACCAACGAAUCGCCGGUUGAGUCGGGGGGGAGCUGGAGGCGGAGGAGGGGCUCCUAGACUGGAGACGCUGAUCCCGAGCGAGGCCCUGUUCUCCACACCCAAAGCUCUUACCCGUUCUACGGCCGACAAUCAAGAUGGGAGCGGAGAGUCAGGACGUCAGCACCAGGUGCCAGGUUCCUUGCAAGCUGCGAAAGGCAUCACACACGAGCUUGCUAGUGACCCUGUUCCACCGUCUGUACUUCACCGAUCAGUAUCCAGUAAUGAACCUAAACCUUUGCUCGACGAGACCUCACCCCCACUUCCUGAAAAGCCAACUCACUACGCUGCACCGGUCUCGUACGCAAUGAAUGGCGCGUAUCCCAUGCCUGUCAAGAAAUCGCCACACCCUGCCGCCCCUGCACCCGUCGCGUCGAGAAAGGGUCCACUGAUCUUUGCUGCUAUGGUACAGCCGGAGGAUUCUUACCCCUCUCCGCCGGCAGAUUCUUCUCUGGAUCCGGUACCUCGAUUCAUCACGAGAGGGCCAGUUUCCGUCGCGCCAAAACCGACUUUUCGCGAGACAGUACCUCAGUUCAUGCCACCGUCAAAAGCUCAGUCUGGCCGGACCCAGACGCCCACAACCAAUCACUCACCAUCUCUUCCUGCCCACUCUACGUCCCGAAUGUUGCCCCACUCUCCUCCUCAGACGCCACCACAACAUAUACCCCAACAAUUUGGAUCACCGCCGCCAUCUCAGUAUGGAUCCUCAUCACACCAGGUGCCUCAAUCUCGUCCCGAUACUCGCCCUGUGCCUGUCGAACCUCCGACCCCUCAGUCUGUCCAUCGACAAAACGUGAACCACGCUGCGCCACCCGUAGCGUACCACCACCAGCCCAACAGUAUGGCUCGUUCGUCGUCUAAUGGGAGGCCAAACGGCAGCGUCAAUGGACAUGGUAUAGGUGUCAGUCGAGCUCCUUCGCAGAUUCAUCCGAACGGGAACGUUGAUGUCAAUCGCGCCCUAUCGAAUGCACGCCAGCUUCCUAAGUCACAGCCGCCAAAUUUGUACCCGAAUGGGGCCGCACGUCCUUCGACCUCGAAUGGUGUCGUUCGGAUGCCUUCUCUAACGAACAUGAACGCGACUUCUGGUGUCAAUGGACGCCAAGCUUACCCUUACCCGAACGGGAUCAUUCGUUCUCCUUCCCAGACUCAUCUUCCGAACAGUGUUACAUCACGUACUGCUGCUGUCCUUCGCUCGCCAUCUCAAACACAAGUUCAUAUCAUUCCUUCGACACCUUCUCGGGCAGCUCCCUCCCGUUCGCCCUCUGAUGCCUCAGUCUCGCAUUCAACGAGAAGAUUGAUGAAAAGGUACCACCAUCAGCAACCGUCUGCGACUCCAGCGCACGAUGACGUACCGUACUUCGCCGAUGAUCCAUUCGCAAAGGUUGAAGGUGUGAAAGUCUUGCCAGCAAGUUCGGUUACUCACGGCUCUGGAGAGGACGUAGCGAGAGAAAGGAUGUCCUCGAGGGAAGGCAGUUCGAGAGGAGUCUCUCUUGUCGUGCAUUCCCGAGAAGGUUCCCGAGAAGAAGAGAAGGCAAAAGCGAAGGUGGAAGAAGAGGAAGACGUCGAUGGAGAUGGAGUAGCUGUUCCCAGGGAAAACGUGCUCGUCAGGUCGAUUACACCAGAGAAGAGGAGGGUAAAGACCCCAUCACCGCCUCCGCCCCUAAUGAAAAGAUCUGUUACACCACCGCAAAAGCCUCUUACUCCGCCGCCGCCUCCUGCAGAGGAACGACCAGCAACCCCGCCUCCCCCUGUCACACCUCGUUCUCGCUCUCGUCAUUAUGCAGGCGCUUCGCCUCCUCCUGAUUCUCUCGUUGCGAACGUCAAGGUGAACGAGGACCAGCCUUUCCCACUGCACACGUUCUUAGCUGAUCCUGCACUGCUGAGGAACCUUCUGGGAUAUCUCGGUUGGUGGGAGUGGUGUGUACUUGGGAUGGUCAGUCAACGAGUGAGGAACGUGUUGUUUGAAUCUGGUCCUGAAGGAGAUGAGAGACGGGAGGAAGUCCUCGAGCGGUUCCUUGGAGGCGUGGGGUAUCGUAGGUGGGCAUGGCCAGAUGACCCAGAGCCCGUGAGGUUGACCGUCAAUGCCCUCCAUGCCUAUAUGCACGGGGUGUCGUUACCUACACAUGAAUACGCGCGCAUCGCAGUACGCGAGAGAGACCCGGAGUUAGGGCGACUCGUGAAAGCUCUGGAGCGAGCGACGAGGGCGUUUACCUCUGUGGUGUUGCGGCUUCGGGCACAGGCAGAGAAAGAGGCGACAAUGACGAGCCCGAUGAACAACAGGCCACCUUCACCGACGUUCAGCACCUGGUCCCAUGCGCAGUCCCACGCAGGGCACGUUGCUCCCACUCCCAGUAAUGUCUUCCGAUCUCCUCUCGUUAAGCUCCGUCGUGCGCCUCUCCUCCGAUGCUUCGUUCCUUCUCCUGAUGGGGACUGGCUGAGUGAUACAAGUGUGCUGCGAUGCGAGGCAGAAAUGGACAAGGCUGGCGUGAGAGGUCUCCUGCGCGCCGGGGACGUUGUAUGGGAUGUCGCUGUGGGAGACGAGGCGAAUCUCGGGAGGAUGGUGUGGGAUGGGAGGUACCUCAUUGAUCUGGAUUAUACCUACAGCCUUACAGUAAGGGGUGGGAACAAUGGUUCUGGUGGUGGGCCGGUUAUUCGCGUGGAUUUAAGGCCAUGGGGAGAGGAGAUCCGGGGGAAUAUGCAGCUCUUGCAAGAUAGAGUGCGGACGGAGACCCCCCAGGGAACGUACCAUAAUGUUGUCCGGUGGGUCCACCGUUCGUCUUUCCAGCUUCGAGCACGACGCGGAACACGUAUACCCAUCCCUGAGUCGAACGGCUUGUUUGUCGAUCCUGGUUGGUAUGGCACGGUCGUGGUGGAGACUGAGGGAACGAACGAGAGCUUGCGCGAUCUUCAAGAAAGGCUUGGGAUAGGCCGGGGGAUCCAGAGUGCGAGUAUGAGAGCAAAAGGCGCUGAUUCGAGUUGGAGAGACGAUAAGAUGGUUUUCAGGAUUUUGAGAGAGAGGAGCCGGCCUGGAGAGAUAUGGAUUAGGGCCGUUGGGGUGAAAGAGAGGGAUAGACCUCAAUUGCAAGACAAUUACCAAUAUCGCGAUUAG